CAUCUAAUGUAUCUCCGCCAUUCCAUCCUAUCUAUUAUAUUUAUAUAUGCUUAGUCAUAAUGGCCAGCUCUUCUGUUCAUAGGCAACAAAGUCACCCCACUUUACCUCCAGCAAAGCUGCAGAAGCUCGAAAGGCUCAGCCUCUAUUACAAUCUGCCAGAAGCAGCUAUUAUAUGUCCCAAAUGCGGUUUUACUUUGAGUCCUAAACGUGCAUCGGAGCAUCCGGGCAAAAAGCACGGCAUCGCCAGAUCUGCUCGGCAUGGCCUUAAGCCCCUGCUAUCCUCGUUGAACCUCCCAGAUCCAGACACCUUGGCCCCCAGACCUAGUGGAUCAUGACCUCACCCGUGCCUUACAUUACAAGAAGGCUCUUCUUGUAAGCACUGCGGCCUCCA